UGCCUCACAGUGGACAGCCGCAAGGGAGACUUCCAGGAGGCCCAACAAGCUGGAUGAGGAAGGGGUUGAGGUGGCUGUGUGUCGCCACGGAUAUUUGCUGAAAGGCCUCAGCAUGUACAGGGGGGAGAUAUUUGCAUACCCACUGUAUCUACAGAAAGAGCUACAUGCCACCGAAAACAUCAGGUUCUUUGCAAUGGACGUUGCCUGCAAAUACUGGCCCUACCUAGAGAAGGUGGCUGGUGUUGUGUCAUCUCUCCAGGGGCUCCUUGAUAUGAAGCCCUUCCUCAGCAUCAUGCAUGCUAGAGCCCAUGCCACAAAAUGUGAGAUCAAAUGGAGUGGAAGGAACCAGAGCGGAGCAGGCACAACCGCCGGUGAAGAAGUUGGGCAAGUCAACAGUUUCCUCUCCCGUUGUGCCCUGACAACCAAGUACAUGUCCAAAUCAGCACGUGUGGACAUGCUGACAGUCCAUGCUAUAGUGUGGAACAGGUACAAGGGUGAAACUUCACCAGGCCCUCUCCACAAGAUAUGUGAAGAGAAAACCAGUACCACAAACCCUGAUCUUCGGGCUCUGCAGCAGUCCAUUGAGGGGCUUCAUAUGAGUGUGCAUGCACGAAAACAAAGCCUCUACCGUCAGAAUGACAGCAACAAGCUUCGUCAUCGCCUACGCUCUAGGUUGGCAGAGGAUAAAAGGCGGCUUUUUGAGCAGGUCUCAAAAUACAAUGGCAUGGUACCUGAAGAUGUCAACAUCAAUGUGGCUGUGUUAGAGGGGUCGCUGGCUGGAUCGAGUGCAGAGUCACUGCUAUGGCCAUGGGGGGUGCUUUGCAAUGAUGUACAGUACUUAUUUGCUUUGAAAAAGAGGAUGCAUGAUCAACAUAUGCUGACCACACGCCUGCAAGAGGAGAGGACCAUCCUGAUCUGUGAGAUGGCCCAACACUGCACCUGGAUGAAAAACCUGUCCACUGUCCUCAGUACAAAGAUUGCAGAAGAGGGGGAGGAAAAUAAUGGACUACGUUGUCUACUGCAACUAAGACUGUCAGAAGCGGAGGGAAAAUUGCAGCUGGUUCUCCAGUACUACAAGGCAGCUGUAGGUCAACAGGCCUUUCUCCUUGGCGAUGUGGGAGAGGAAGAGGAAUGUGACAGGAUGGGCAGCGAUGAAGAGAGUGAGGAGGACGAGGCUGAAGAAGAUGUAAGCUGUUAAAAGAUGAGGGGCGGUGGUAGCAGACAAUGUGGAUGGACUGUCCCCUUAGCAGAACUAUCUC